GCCGCCUCCGCGUGCCUGGGGGUGGGGCCAGAGGUGCGGAGCGGCCGCGGGACAAUGCAUGUUCGCUGGCAGCCGCCGUACCGCGGGGCGGGGCGCUGCCCGGAACUAGACGUGGAUUUCGGGAGGAAAGUGGAAACGAUGGCGGCGGUGGCCGAGGAGGCCGACUGGGAGCCGGCGGGGGCUUCUGCCGGCUCCGGGGGAGGCCUUGACUGGGAAGCGGUGCUGGGCGAGGAGCUGGACGAGCUGCUUGGGCUCGCCUGCGGAGAUGCGGCGGGCCCCGAGGACGAGCCCGAGCCCGACGCAAGUGAUCUCUAUAACUUUCAUUUUGAUUUGGAUUUGAUGUCUUGGGACUCCAAUCUUUGGAAUAUUACAGGCCACGCUCAUGCUGGUAAUUUAACUAUGGAACCCUUAUCACCAUCCACUUCAAAUUGCUCGCUCCCUUCCCCAUCAUCUGUGGAGUCUCCAGUGCAGAAUGUGCCUGAUGAUGUGGACCUCAGCUGUAGCUCCCAGAUGUCCCCUAUCUCCCUCUACAGACAAGAGCUACAGAAGCCCUGUGUUCCUGAAGGAAAUGGAGGGGGAAGAAGCCUGCUGUCAGCAUCACUUUCUCGAUACUGGUCAAAUCAUUCUGCAAGGACCUUGAAGAGAUGUGGUCAGACAGCAUCUAGGCCUUUGAUACAACCCAAACCCCUUUUGCCUGCUCUACCUGAGUCUCAGACUAGUGUUGGUAUCCCAGCUAAAACCAUCAUUAUUCAGACUCUUCCCACGCUUGUGCCGCUACCAAAGCAUCAGCCGGUUGUUAACAUCCAGCCAGCACCCGAUAAAAGUAAUCUAUUGUGCUCCCCCCAGCGCACUGUGGUGCAGCUCCAGGCUUCUGGGGUGCUUCCUGCAUCCCAAGCCAGUCAUUGCUGUCAACUGGAGGACCAACAGCUUCAUAAUAAUAUGGUGAACGUAUUGUCUCCAGCUCCUGGAAACGGCUCAACAACUACCAAAAUACCAGUAACUAGGCCCUUGCUUCAAAGUACCACACCAGCAACAGGGCUGGAUGUUAGCGUCUUGAGAAGACAGCAGCGCAUGAUCAAAAACAGGGAGUCAGCUUUUCAGUCACGGAAGAAAAAGAAAGAAUAUAUGUUGGGACUGGAGGCGAGGCUGGAAGCAGCCUUAUUGGAGAACGAGAAACUCAAGAAAGAAAACAGCACAUUGAAGAGGCAGCUGGAUGAAGUAGUAUUAGAGAAUCAGAAGCUCAAAGUAUCAUCGCCAAAGAGAAGGGCCUUGUGUGUGAUGGUGAUACUGACUUUCAUAAUGUUGAAUUAUGGUCCAUUGGGUGCAUUUGAAAAGGAUCCCAAUGAAGUUGAUUCUAUUGCGAGUGCCAGCCACUGGACCAGAAAUCUUCUGGAGUUCUCAGCUAGCCAGGAGUCCAGCACAGCUCAGAAAGUACCUGGUGCUGUCAUUCCUGGAAAGGCUAAUAGAUAUGAUCACUCUGUAUCUGAUAACAAAGCACUGAUGAUAGUCUCAAAAGAACCACUGUUAUAUAUUUCACCCCCACCUUGUCAGCCCCUGAUCAACAGGACAGAGUCACUCAGGCUGAAUCAUGAACUUCGAGGAUGGGUACAUAGACAUGAAGUUGAACGAACAAGGUCUAGAAGAUUAUCAAAUACCCAACAGCAGAAAGCACGGGUUAUGCAGAGCUCUCUCAGUGAGAAGGCAGAUUCUCAGCUAAUGGCCAUGCCUUACACAGACACCAGCCUCAGCAAGAACUCAGGAAAUGAGCUGCAAGUGUACUAUGCCUCUCCAAGGAGCUAUCAAGAUUUUUUUGAAGCUAUUCGCAGAAGAGAAGAUACAUUCUACGUGGUGUCAUUUCGCAGAGACCACCUGUUAUUGCCAGCCACUACACAUAACAAGACCAGAAGACCAAAGAUGUCAAUAGUUUUGCCAGCUGUAAGCAUCAAUGAGAAUGUGAUCAAUGGGCAGGACUAUGAGGUGAUGAUGCAGAUUGACUGUGAAGUGAUGGACACCAGGAUCCUUCACAUCAAAAGUUCAUCUGUCCCUCCAUACCUCCGAGAGCAGCACAGAAAUCACACCAACACCUUCUACAGUGGAACUCCCUCCGUCCCAGAGACACCCCAUGCCCUGAGAGCUGUUGUCAAAUCCCUGCAGUAAGCUCCUGCAGGGUAGCAGCAUGGCCUAUGCCUCUGGCAUGCAGCAGAUCGUGCUGCCAGAUGGAGCCCCUUCACUGGAGGGUCCCCAGGGCUCCUCCAUCAGCACAGCAAGAGCAGACCUGACUUAGUCCAUUCCUGUGCCUGACCCUACCCAACAGCUACAUCCUGCACAAGGAUUACACAGCACAGCUGGGCCCUCACCGAUGCAGGCCUGGGGGGGACCCAUGCAGUGUGCAGUGCCCAUUGCAAGGGGUGUGGGUGAUGCACUCUGCUCCAGUUGUGGUGUCAGAAUCAGCAGCUGGUGCCCAGGGUUGGCACAGGCUGUCCUUGCUAUGCACUGCAUAUGCACUGUCCAAAAUUGUGGUGGCUUUUUUGGGGGGACAAAAAAACAUCUCCUGUGGGUGUUGGCAGGGAUUACAGUGCUACUGUGGGGCAGUCCAGCCCCAGCCAACUAGCAGAGAGUGGGAACCUGCACUUCCAGUUAAAGCACUGCAAACUGAAUGAGCCGCACUGCCACACAGCAUGUCUUCCUCCCAGGGCUCACCCUGCAGGAGGGGUCCCAUGGCUGGACUCCUAUACGUGUGCCGUGGGCGGUAUGAGGCCAGGGGCUGCCUCCCAGGCAGUGCACACACGCGCACAUCUUCACCUGUGUGUGCUGCCUGCCCACUGCUGCUGGCUUCCCCAACCCACACAGUUGCAUGUCAGAAGCCUGGGGCUUGGUCCAAGGGUGGUGAUUUAGUGCACCAUGUGCAUUUCUAAAAUUGUAUUGCUGGGAUUUCCCUUGCACCUUUUUUUGUUUGGAAGGCAGUGGAGGGGGGUGGAGGGAUGGAAUGUGUCUGUGCUGUUUAAUGCUUUUCACAGAGCAGCACUAGCCCUGCUGGGACACACCCACAGCACCUUCUUUCUGGCAGACAGACACACAGAAAGAUACAGACAUAAGUGUGCUUACACUCACACUCACACUCCUUCUCUGCCUUGGCAGCUACCUGGCGCACAGCAGGGGAGCAUCCCAGUUGUCCAUGAGCACUGACCUACUAGACAUGGCUCUUACUGCAGUCAACUGCUGCUGUUACAAAGCCCAUUAUGAGAGCACUAUUAACUGGUUCCAAGUUUGUCAGCCAAGUUCUGGUCCAGAGCUAGGCUGAGGGGCUCCAGUGUGCAGUGCACUGCAGAGCUCAGCUAGAACAAGACGCCGGCAGAGCAUUGGCCUUUCCUAAUGACUUCAGUAUGUUACAUUAUUUUUUUCCCCUUUGCAGUUAGCACAGAUAAUGAUGGGCUUCAGUUUGCCAACCAACUGCCUUUCCUUCAUUGUUUGAGCCAGUGACUGGGGGGGGGGGUGUACUAUUAUUUGCGUGUGCAGCUGUUAGGAAAUAACAGUUGUUCCUGCAGCAAGGCAAACAGCUAGGAGCAGGUAAGAAGGAGAUUGAGGAGCAUUACACCCCUGUAAAGUGCCUUGCGACACUAUGGAAAACCUUUGCCCUUUGCCACGUAGUCAGCGCAAGAUGCACAGGCCCACCAUCCCCUUGCUACGUGUACUCCUAGGAAACAGCCGGGCUUGGCAAGGGGUUUGGCUGUGCUCCUUGCACCGGUUCUGUUUUCCUGGCCUUAGUCCCACCUGACUGUGGGCCAACUCACAGAAUAGUCAAAAAUGAAAACCCCAGUGGCGCCCCAGGCAGAGGCACACAGCUCCCCACAGCCCCAGGCAGGGGUAGCCAGCUGUUCGAGAUCCUUUGCUGGCAGGAAGGGAACCUGACAGUGUCGGCCAAGCUUUGGCACAGUCCAACACAUUGGGAAAGGGCUGCUGUGGCAGCAUGUCCUCAGCACUGAAGGCAAUAAAAUCGUUCGGGUUUUUUUUGUUUGUUUGUUUUUUUGCAAAAGAGUCUCUGCCGGCCCUUGAGCUGCAGUGUGUAACUGCUCGGCCCAGCAAUGGCACUGCCCAAGGUACAUGCACCCAGACCCUCUCCUUCUGCACCUGGGAAAGGGGCAACGUGCACAGGCCACUCAUCUAGAGCCUGGGAAAGCAGAAGAAACUGGAGCGGGGGGCGUGGCUCCAGUGACCUGAAGGUAAUAGCAGUUGUGACAGAGCCAAACUCUUCUUCAGGCUGGAUGAGGACUCGCCC